AUGUCUAACCAAGACAUCGCACCAACACCUGCUCCUACCAAUGGAGAUGUGCUUGAUACUGCUCAGGCACCGGAGUCGACCCCUGUGAUCUCCCAGGAGUCUGCUUCAGCAAAUCCAAUUGACCUCGAAUUACCAACUUCUGCCGCGGACGGUCUCAUCCAGAAGCCAUUUGCCAGGCCCCUUGACACUUCAAGGCCAGAGCCUCCUGUCCAGCUCACCUCGGACCAAAAGUCCAAGUACGAUGCUGUGCUCAAGACCGUUUCAUCAUGGACCACAGUCCCCACCAAGGCUGAGAAGGGAGCCCCAACUGCACCCAUUACCGAAGGUGAAAGGAUGUGGUUGACCCGUGAAUGUCUUCUGCGCUACCUGCGCGCGACCAAAUGGAAUGUUUCCGAGGCCGAGACCCGUCUCCAGAGCACUCUGACUUGGCGUCGCGAGUAUAACCUGGAGAAAUUGACACCUGAUUAUAUCUCCAUUGAGAAUGAGACAGGCAAACAAGUGCUUUUGGGAUAUGAUAUCCAUGGACGCCCUUGUCUGUACCUCUUGCCUUCCAACCAGAACACGGAGAAAAGUGACCGCCAGCUCGAGCAUCUCGUCUUCAUGCUGGAGCGGGCCAUCGACCUCAUGGGCCCAGACCAAGAGACUGUUGCUUUGCUGGUGAACUUCAAUGAGACAAAGUCUGGCCAGAACGCUAGUCUGGGCCAGGCCAAGCAAACCCUCGGUUUCUUGCAGAAUCACUUCCCCGAGAGACUUGGUCGUGCUCUGGUCAUCAAUGUGCCUUUCAUGAUCUGGGGAUUCUUCAAGCUGAUCACACCCUUCAUUGACCCCAAUACCCGCCAGAAGCUCAAGUUCAACGAGGAUCUGCGUGAGCACGUCCCACCUAGCCAGCUCAUGAAGGCCGUUGGUGGUGAUGUUGAAUUCCGCUACGACCAUGCUACCUACUGGCCUUCUUUGAACAAGUUGGCUGACCAGCGACGUGAGGCGUACCGUGAACGCUGGGUUCGGGGCGGCAAGCAGGUCGGCGAGCUCGAGAACUACCUCAAGGGUGAGAACACCCCAAGCUUGUCUGAGGCAUUGGCCGAGGUCGAGGCCAAGGCUAAGGCCGACGAACAGGCCUAG